UGGCAGCAAGCAGGGGGUCAGUUCGCCGGAUCGCCUGGGCCGCGCUCUGUCACUUGAGUCCUGAAUAAUUCAAUUAUGCGCUCCACAGCAUCCAUGCCGAUCGAUUUCUUGGCGCUUCUUUAACUUCAGGUCGGCUGCAGAAAACGAUGUCGCUCGAAGGACAGGUCAUAUCUCCUUUCAUACUGAUACAUGAGAGGCCGCCAUGCUGAGAUCCUGGCGUACUUUGGUUUCGGAGCGGUGCCAGGAGAUAUUGUCGCUCAAUCUACAGGUCAUAAACCCCGUCUAUACUAAUACUACACGAAUGGCCGCAUCUUUCUCGUCUUGGGCUGGAAAUCCCUUUCUUCCUUCUCUCACCCCAAUGACCAUUUACUUCUAUCCGUGACUCUGCUGUGGCCAUCAUCGACAUGAGCGCGUACGGAGGUUUAGGGCCCAUGACCAAUGCGGUCCUUUGGGUAGAGGUCGUGAUCUUUGCUGUCUUCGCGGGGCUAAGGAUUUAUACGCGAAAACACAUUCUGAAUGCGAUCGGCCUUGAUGAUUACCUAGUUGUACUUGCGUUGAUUCUUCACAUCCUUUACACCAUUUUUGUCACCAUCGCAACCCACUACGGUCUAGGGCGACUGUUUGCUGAGGUUGGUGAUCCCGUUACCUACUCCAAAGCCACCAUGUAUGAAGUGUUCAGCCAGGUAGCUGGUAUCAUGGUCAUUGGUGUAGGUAAAGGAGCCGUGGGCACCUUCCUUCUUCGAAUUGUGCGAAAUAAAAUUCAAAUUUGGUUUAUCUGGGGUUGUCUUGGGAUCACCACUUUUAUCACUCUGUUCGCCAGUAUUACCGUUGUAAUACAGUGCUUUCCAGUCGAGAAGACGUGGAACCCAACGGUGGAAGGAACAUGCUGGAUCGACUUUUCCAAGGUGGGCUACACGGUUGGAUCCUGGUUCGUCGCUGCCGACUUUUCCUUUGCGAUCCUUCCGUGGUUCAUCAUCUGGGAUCUCAACAUGAAGCAAAAGGAGAAGAUCACCGUUGCCUGCGGUCUCAGUCUUGGAAUCUUCGCUGGAAUAUGUGGUAUCGUUCGCACCGUAGCUCUGGCAGGCCUGAAUGCAUCUGAGUAUAUAUAUGAUACCGUACCAAUGCUCAUUUGGUCCGCAACCGAAAGCUGCGUGACGAUCAUGUGCUCGUCGAUUCCCGUCCUCCGUCCUCUCUACGUUCGCAUUAGGUACGGCACAAAGGACGAAAAUGGCUCUUCUGGCAAUACUUCCUACAAAUUGCCAUUGUACGGCAGCGGUCGCAAGUACGGCAGACUUUCGAAGUCCGGCCUUGAUCCUUCCACCCUCGAAACAAUAGGCGGUUCCCUCCGGGCACCCGCUGAAGACUAUCACAAAAGCAAUGUCAGUGAUGAACAUAUCCUUGAUGGCGCUGCCGGUAUCGCCCGGACGGACGAGAUUUCAGUCAGCUACGAACCAGUCGAGAAGAAAGUCUAGAGAACGGCUUACGUUUUCGAGUACGCCAAUCGAUGUCUGCUUGUCAAUCUGGGCUGAAACGAGAGCAACCUGGAACAUGAUGUCCGAGCCUCGAGUAUGGUUGAUUGGUGGAGGGGACUGACGAGAUUGAACCCGAGUUAGGUAACUUAGCUGAUAACUACUGAUGUGUCUGUCACCCCCAGACAAGGUCUUGAAGGUUCCAUAGCAUAACCUCCGUCUAUAAAUCUCCCAAGUUCACUGGAGAAGGCAUGAACCCCAGCUAGGGAGAU